ACGAAGACUCACGGAAAAACGAAAGCGAAUUUGUGGCAGGAUUCUUGUUGAUUCUGCCCAUUUUUAGUAGCUUGUGCAAGGAAGAUGCCUCCAAAGAAGGCCAAAGGAAAGAAAGGGAAGAAGAAAAAGAAGAAGAAUGAUGCCGAACUUGAACUGGAAGACAAGUAUAAGAAAACUAUGGAUGAGAUUGAAGCUCUCAAGGAUCACUUAGCGGUAAGAAAGCAGUAUGCCAGGCGUGCUCAGUCAGCCACUGUGGACUACAGAGAAAGAAUGCAGCAUAUUGAAGAGGAACUGGACAUCCAAAAGGCAGACCAGAAGAUGGUCAAUGCAGAUAUGACUCGGCAGUACAAAACAAUGCAAACAGAGAUGGGCUUGAGGAUUCAUCAUCUUGAGUCAGAACUCACCAGGACCAGGCAAAGAUUAGCCCAGACCGAAGCAGACCUGAAAACAACAACAGAAGAUCGGGACAGAAUCCAGAAAGAUAAGGAUGAGCAGGUCACAGCACUCAACCUGAGGAUCAGUCAAAUGGAGCGGUCUUACGAAGGAGUACUUCAUGAUGCAUUAAACAGCCUCUUGGAGAAGUUGGAUUUAGCCAUGGUCAACUGGGAGCAAAGUUCAAACAAGAUUCAGUCCAAGAACAAACAGGUGUUGCUGGAGUUUGGUCUAAACCCUUUGGAUAUAUAAAAGUAGGCUGACGUCUUACAUUAGCUCCAUGAAUCUGAAGGCGUAGAAUAUGUAUAAGAGAUCAAACUGAGGUGCUGGGUUUGUUUUCUUGCUGUGCCAAGAGCGCCACAGGAAUCUCGUGUUCUUGAAUAGGGCACUGUGCUUGUUACCAAACACUCUUCAAUAACACAGGAAGUAUAGCACUGGUCAGUAAGAGGACAGCACAAAGCCCGAUAUGGGUUUUCGCAUAGUGUAUCGCAUAGCAUGAUAAGGUACUUGUACCUGACUUCUGUUGUUAGUGGCAUGCAUGCGUGAUGCUUGAUGGAAGAAACCCUGUUUGACUGUCCUGUCUGCAGAACACAUUGAUUUGUUGUGAUCAAAACAAGGGUUGGGAAUGCCACUGCACUGAAAGCAAAUACCAUAGCAUUGCACUUAAUCAUGUGUUUUUGAAGAUUACUCGUAAAGCUGUCCAUAGCCAGCAUCACCAACGUGCUAUUUACGAUUGAAUGCUUUCAGGGGUUUUUUUUUUCUCAUUCUCACUGUCUCUUAAAAGCUGAAGGAACAGUACCUUCUUGAACUGCACAGGUUUACGAGAUGAGUGUUGAACAGAGUUUGCUGUUUUUUUCUUACGUAAGUUUAAACAGCUUUUUUUAUUCCAAUAUCAUAUUCAAGAAUAUCAUACUGGUAAAAUCCUUUGCGUAACCAAAUCCUGUAAAUGUAUACAAGUGAAAUGGUUUUCGACACUAUUGUGGCACCAUCCAGGCUCUUAUCAAACAGUGGUGGUCAUAUCAAUUGCAGUAGAAAUGUGGAUUAUGACGGCUGACUUUUUGAAUUUGGGCGUUUAUUCAAGUUUGUCUGAUUUAUUCUGGAACUUCGAGUAAACCGGUUUAUUGAACAACGUAUAAAUGUAAAUAAUAUUGCUACAUGUAUGGCGAAAAGUAUGAGUAUAUACAUGUAUAACGCGUGCAAAGCGAAGUGAAAUAUUUUGAAAUGUAAUAA